AACAGUCGCAGCAUGUCAUCAUCGCAGAAAUCUGUCCCUCAGCGCCACGAAUCCGACAACCCCGCUCGAUCGACGAUGGACGGCGGGGAAGCGGAAUCCCGUCCAUCCCGGGUGCAGCCGUCGCUUCGCGUCGUGCAGAGAAGGGCUCAACCCAUUCCUGGUAGACCUGAAGAGGCGAACAUCGACUCAAAAUUUUCAUACAGUUCAACUGUCCUCAAGAAUAACCAUCCCCACACCCACUGUCUCCCAUGCAACGCGGAGUCCCCUCCUCCAGUGGGGGCCUGGCUUCCUUGCCCCUCCCACCCGUUUCCUUGCCUCCCUGCAUCCAUCACCGAAGACAAGAACGGACCCAGGAAUUCCCCCGGUAAAGGCCACGGUCCCAUCUAUCAACGGCCAUUCUUCCCCGGGAAGGCUAUGCUAAUCCCCAUGCUAAUCCCCAUGCUAAUCGGCCGGCGUGCCAUGCGUCCCGGGAGGCGCGUGGAGGCGUGUGGUGGCAUGCGGGUCAUGCGGGGGCAAUGUGGAGGUGAGAGGUCGCAUUCUCGGCCCCUUCACGUGGGGGUCCUCAUUUUCAGCACAUUUUAA